AUGGGUGCUCAGGAGUUGAACCAUGGCCUGGAAACUUUGCAGCAGAACAAUGAUUCCUGGCAGGAAUUUGGUGAUGAAGCUGAAGAAACACUGUCUCUUUGUGAUCUUGUGAUAAGCAGUGAUGCUAGUGAAUAUUGGAAUGGUGAGCAGUACCAUAGGAAUUCUUCAUCAUCAUCAUCUGAUCAUCAACAUCAGGAUUUGUUUGAGUUCUUCAGUACUGAAGAUAUUCCUGCUGCAGCAGCAGCAGCAGCCUCGAGUAAUUAUCAAGGUAACAACAUCAUCUUCUGUGGGAAACUCAUUCCUUACAGAGGCCAACAACAGUCCAUUGAAGACAAACCCCAGAGGCUGGAAAGCAAAGUGAUCAAGCCAGAAAAUGGAACCAAGAACAGUACCAGCUGCUUGUUUCCAUGGAAAACUUCACUGUCGUUCAACAAGUCAAGAACAUUUCCUCCUUCUUCUUCAUCAUCAGCACCGGCAAAAGCAUCACAAAGGAAGAGUUUCAACAAGUCUUUGUCGCUGCCAGCUGAAGGGUCCAAAAAUAGUAAGAAAUUGGGUGAUGAUAAGUUCGAUUUCUCUGUUAAGAAAGUAUCCGUAAUAGAAACUCCUGUCAAGUCAAGAUGGUAUCUGUUUGCAUUUGGAGUGGGAAGGUUUCCAAUGGAGAUUGAGCUUAAGGACAUGAAGAUGAGGCAAAGCAGGAAGAGUAAGGCAAUGAAGCUUCAACCGGACGGCCAACCGGAAAACGCCAAGUGUAAUAAGGAACGGAGGAGAUCAGCCAAGGGUUUGUGGAGGUUGCUCAAGGUUUUAGGGUGUAACAAUAAGCAUACAAAUGCAGCUGUAGUUCAGGCUUCCUAUAGUUGCAUUCCACAUGUGUGA